GGAGGCAGGAAUUUCAGGUUCCUGCUCGGUAGUGGAAGCGGUUCGGAUCAGGGUCGCUGGGGUUGAGUUCCCGCUACACGUUAUUCAGCGAGUCGGUCCCGGUGUUGAUGAGCCGACAGGAUCUGGGGGGAAAUAAUGACGGUAAACACGGAGCAGAACGGGGACGCGGUGUGUCAGAAGCGGGCGGUGAACGGAGUCAAACCGGGAAGCAACGGCGGCGGCGGCGGUGUGGUGAACAAUCAACAGUUUCACCAGCACGAACACACCUACUGGUAUAAAGCCGAGGAGAAGGUUCGUCACAGCGAGUGCAAUGGAGAGUUGUACAAAAAACCUUUCAUGGAGUUGUUUGAAGAAACGCCCAUGCUGGUGGCCGUGUUCACCUACAUGGGCUACGGCAUCCUCACCAUCUUCGGCUACCUGAGGGACUUCCUUCGACAGUGGAAGAUUGAAAAAUGUCACAUUGCCAGAGAAAGAGAUGAACAAAAGGAUUUCGUUCCACUCUAUCAAGAUUUUGAGAAUUUCUACACCAGAAAUUUAUACAUGAGGAUCCGGGACAACUGGAACAGACCCAUAUGCAGCGUACCUGCAGAUAAAAUGGACCUGGUGGAGCGAGUGUCCCAUGAUUACAACUGGACAUUUAGUUACACAGGCCGGGUGGUGAAAGGUGUGAUAAACAUGGGCUCGUACAAUUACCUGGGCUUCGCCGAGAACACCGGAUUCUGUGCUGACGCAGCCGCGGACGUCACGGUGAAAUACGGAGUUGGAGUGGGCAGCACCCGACAGGAGAUGGGUAACCUGGAAAGUCACGAGCAUUUGGAAAAGCUGGUAGCCCGGUUCCUGGGUGUGGAGUCAGCCAUGGCGUUCGGUAUGGGGUUCGCGACCAAUUCCAUGAACAUUCCUGCUCUAACUGGCAAGGGGUGUCUGAUCCUGAGUGAUGAACUGAACCACGCCUCUCUGGUUUUGGGGGCUCGCUUAUCAGGCUCCACCAUCCGGGUCUUCAAACACAACAAUAUGCAGAGCCUCGAGAAGCUACUCAGAGACGCUAUAGUCCACGGCCAGCCUAGAACCCACAGACCCUGGAAGAAGAUCCUCAUCCUGGUGGAGGGCAUUUACAGUAUGGAGGGCUCCAUUGUGCGUCUUCCUGAAAUUAUAGCCUUGAAAAAGAAGUAUAAGGCCUACCUGUACCUGGAUGAGGCUCACAGCAUCGGGGCCUUAGGUGCCUCAGGCAGAGGGGUGGUGGAUUACUUCAACCUCGACCCCACAGAUGUGGACAUCAUGAUGGGCACGUUCACCAAGAGCUUCGGAGCAGCAGGUGGUUACAUCGGAGGCAGAAAGGAGUUGAUAGACUACCUGCGCUGCCACUCUCACAGUGCGGUCUAUGCCACCUCCAUGUCGCCUCCUGUCGUGGAGCAAAUUAUCACUUCUAUGAAGUGCAUUAUGGGAGAGGACGGGAGCACAAUAGGCAGGGAGCGCAUCCAGCGGCUGGCGGAGAACACAAACUAUUUUCGGAGGAGGCUGAGGGAGAUGGGCUUCAUCAUCUAUGGCAACAAUGAUUCACCUGUGGUUCCCUUGAUGCUCUACUUGCCAGCCAAGAUUGGGGCGUUUGGCCGGGAGAUGCUGAAGAGAAACAUAGGCGUGGUGGUUGUAGGAUUUCCCGCCACGCCCAUCAUCGAGUCCAGAGCUCGCUUCUGCGUAUCUGCUGCUCACACCAAAGAAAUGCUGGAUACGGCUUUGAGCGCCAUCAGUGAGGUGGGCGACCUGCUGCAGGUGAAAUACUCCUUCCACAAAAUCCUGUCCUCCCACGACCGACCCUUCGACGAGACCACAUACGAGGAGUGUGACGACUGAAAGCUUUCCAGUUCGAAUUAAACCUGCACUAAAGUCUUAA